AUGUUCUCUAGCGGUAACAAUUCCCCCGUCUACAACUUAGUAAACCCGGUGCAUGAUAACGAGAACUACCUCAUGAACUUCUCAGAAUUGUUAUUAGGUGCCAUAAUACGGUAUCAAAAAGGGGGUUGGCUACUAAUUUCAAGAGAUCAUGAGUUAUUCUUUUACAACCCCUUCACAAGAGAGGCCAUCAAAGUUCCAGAUUUUCCAGGGUAUUAUAACAUGUCUAACAUUUCUUUCUCCUCUAUACCAACUCCGCCAUCGAGGGAAAUGUGUUUAGUGAUGGCAAUGAAUUCUCUAUGCACUGCAUUAGAAGGGGGGAACAUGAUUGGAGCUCUUAUGACUUUGAUGAGGAAAAGUUAUGAUGGAGCUUUAGGCAAUUUUAAUUUAGCGAAUGGUAAUUUCGGUUGGGAAGUUCUUGAGAAACCCCAUCAACAAUUUAAUGACUCAUUUCCAAAUUUCUUGGCGGAGUGCGGAGGAGAUCUUUUGUUAGUGAAACUAGGAGGUCUCGAAACUGCGCUUGGAUUGAACCCAAUUGGUCAAAGUCUACUCCUCAAGAGCUUGAUUGGUUCAAGCCUCCGUCACUGGCGUGAAAUUAAGUUCUCUAACAUUUCUGCUUCGUCUCGAACAGUUUAA